ACGGAAAAAAAAAAAUUUUAAGGAGGCCAAAAAAUGUUUAACCGAUAAUGAUGGUCGAAGUGUGUUUUCUACUUUUCUCCCAGAAACACAUCAAAUUUGCCACGUGUACGUUCCAGAUUCAUCCUAAUACACGUAACAGAUCCUUCAGCAAAACUUAUAACCAACAAAAAAUAAACACGUGUUCAUUUCUCAGUGCUAUAUAUACUUUACUGCCAGUGCUGAAAAAGCAACAGAUAAGCACGAACAAAACAAUCAUCUUCCAUCUUAAUCCUCUGUCUUGUUUCGCAAGUGUUCCCUCUAAUGGCGAAAGAGAAAAACGAGACUCCGACGGUGAAGAAGACUCCUAUGGCGUCAAAAGAGAAACCAAAGAAGCUUAAAAAACCCAAAACCACCACUCAUCCUCCAUAUUUUCAGAUGAUAAAAGAGGCUUUGAUGAAUCUGAAAGAGAAGAACGGGUCAAGCCCUUACGCUAUAGCAAAGCAGAUAGAGGAGAAAUACAAACCUCUACUCCCUGAGAAUUUCCGUAAAACACUUUCUCUGCAGCUUAAAAACUCUGUCGCUAAGGGUAAGCUCGUGAAGAUCAGAGCCUCGUACAAGCUCUCAGAGACCACCACGAGGACAACGAGGCAGCAGCAAAAGAAGAAGAUGGAGACUCGGUCGAAGAAGACUGUGAGCAAGCCAGAAAUGGUGACGACGAAAAAGAAGAGGAAAGCAAAGAAGCCAAGACAGCUUAAGUCGAUCAAGUCUCCAGGCUCUAAGAAGGUCUUGAGAGCUUCCGCUUCUUGAUCAACAAGAAAGACAGAAGAAGAAGAAGAAGAGUGUGUGUGUGUGUGAAUAUGAAGAAUAAGGGUUUUCUCUCUGUAAAAUAGUUGACUCUGUUUUUUUUUUUUGUUUCGGUGUGUCUCCUUCUUUAGGGCUUGUAAGGGUAAGGAGUCUAGGUAUGUAUAUAAACUACCAACUUGUCAAUAUAAUAUAUGCAAUAAUUUGUGCUUGUA